CCCAGCUCCUGUCGCUGUCAGCAUCUGUGCUGCAGGGCAGGAAAACGAGGCCAGAAGACCCAGGAAAAACCUCACUCUGGCCACUGUGGAAGUGAGGAAGCCGAUUCGAUGGGGCCGAAAGUGUUGAAGUCUGGACAGAUGAUCAUGUUCUAAAUGAGUUCAUGUGGAAACAUCUAUCCAUCGGGAAAAAAUAAAAUUAUAUUCUUACCUCAUCCACGUACGAAGGUAAGUGGAGAAAGAGAUGGAAGCAAAGUGUGGGGAUGUGGACACGGAGUUCCUGAACCCGGAGGCUGGCCCAGUGACUGGAGGCUAGGACUCCAAGAGGCUGCAGCCCGGGAGAAGCUGAAGUUGGAGGAGGAGAAGAAGAAGAAAAUGGAAAGAUUUAACAGUUCCAGAGUUAAUCUGGACAGCCUGGCUGACCUGGAAAACUUGGUUCAAAGACGGAGAGAAAAGCGACUGAGACGUAGGGUCCCCCCCAAGGAACCUGAGCCCGUGGCGAAGCUGCAGCCCCAGGCCCAGCUGGAGUCUGUGGACCUGGAGAUGUUCCUGAAGGCAGCUGCGGAGAACCAGGAGGCCCUGAUCGACAAGUACCUGACGGACGGCGGGGACCCCAAUGCCCAUGACAAGCUCCACCGCACGGCCUUGCACUGGGCCUGUCUGAAGGGCCACGGGCAGUUGGUGAACAAGCUGCUGGCGGCAGGAGCCACUGUGGACGCUCGGGACUUGCUGGAGAGAACACCCAUGUUCUGGGCCUGCCGUGGAGGCCACCUGGACAUCAUCAAACAUUUGCUAAACCAGGGAGCCCAGGUCAACGCCCGGGACAAGAUUUGGAGCACCCCCCUACAUGUCGCGGUGCGCACGGGGCACUCUGCCUGCCUGGAGCACCUCAUCGAGUGUGGGGCCCACGUUGACGCACAGGACAAGGAAGGAGACACGGCCCUGCAUGAGGCUGUGCGGCACGGCCACUACAAAGCCAUGAAGCUGCUGCUCAUCUACGGAGCGAAGCUGGGCGUGAAGAACGGGGCCUCUGUGACCCCGGUGCAGCUAGCACGGGACUGGCAGCGGGGCAUCCAAGAAGCACUGCAGGCCCACGUUGGGCACCCUCGCACCCGAUGCUGAAGACGGACGGACCGACCCAUGGGGCCACUCAGCUGCCAUUCCACCCCUUCACCUCCCACGCCUCUGCACCCCCGUGGUCCUCGCCCUCAGUCCGACUCCCCUCUGGGGCUUUGCUUUUGCAGGCCUUGAGGCACCCCUGCUGGGCCUGGGAAGCAGCACCAGUGCCGGCGGGUAGAGCACGCAGGCUGCCCUGCCUUCAAGGGUUGGGCACCUCCUUCCCCGCUGCGACGGGGGCUGGGACUGGGGCAGAGGACCACGGGCAGGAAAAGCGAAGUGGGGCCGGGGGUGGUGUGGGAGCCGGGGCCAGGGCAGUGAUUGGGCUGUGCUGCAGCAGCUCGGCGUCUGCGGGCCUCAGUCCUGCCGCAGGGCCAUCUCCUGCAGGCGGUGGCUCAGCUUCACAGCCAGCAGCUGCCAUCAGGCCCACAGGAGGCCACACUGGUCCAGGCUCUGUGCAGCAGCUGGUGCCUUGGGCGGGGGUUUCCCCGGGACUCCAUUCUAUCAGCAGCAACCCUGAUAGCAUCUGGAGCAGCUCUAGACUUCAGUCUGAAGGAUUCUGGAGGUGGGUUCUGGCCAUCUGCGGGGGCUCUCAACAGGUUUGAGGCCCCACACGUAGAAGGCCAGGACCAACCUGGUUGCCUCAGAAGCCCCAAGGCUGUUAAGCAGGGCGACCAGGGAAAACCUGUGCCCACUCUGAAGGUUCUGGUCAGCGGCUGCAGGCUCCUGCAGGGGACUCAUGCCUGGGUGCUGGGAUUACUUGUGGCCCACUCAACUCUUGAGGCGGUGGCCCGUAACCCUCGUUUGCCUGAGGCUCUCAUGUCCCCUGUUCUGGAGCCUGCUUUCUUGCCUAGACCCUGCAGCUGCACAAUCCCACCGCAGAGGCUCGGACACUGAGCAGCUCGGAACUCGCCCACAGGGACGGCAGGGGACGGCCAGGGGCACACUGCCCCUCCCCCCUCACUGGCUUCAUACAGGCUCCCUGAAGACCCCUCUUCACUGUUCUUGAUGGCUCAUGUUUCACUGACACUGUACUGGCGGGGCUGGGCCCUCACAUGCCAGGAAGCUGAUCCGGGAGAGUGCUGCCCCAUACCGAGCACCACUGGCGGAGGGGAGGGCUCCACGAUGGAGCUCAGCCUCCCCUAUGGCCCCCGAGUCGGAGGAGGUCGCUGGGUUGACACCUACUGUGCAACAGUUCUGUUUAGUCCAACCCUGGCGGCCUUCUCAGGCCAAGAACGAGGCUACUGUUCCUACCUGAAAAUGCUGACCAAUGCUCCACACCCCCUUCCACGGGCAGCUCCUAUCCCGUGGUGGCAGGGCCAGUGUGCACCCAGACACUAGUGCCAUGGGUGACAGGCAUUCAAGACUACGCAGACACCUCAUCUACAAAUGGAGGAUACUGAAGUGACAAAAAUACCUUUUUAUAUGGAUCAGUAAUUUAUGUUAAUUAAACUGGUUGACUGUC